GCAGGUUUGAAACGCGUUUCGUGGAAUUUGAAGUUAUUUUGGCACACGGUCAUACAGCACUAAAUUUUGUUUAUAUUUUGCAAAAAGACUUCCCCAAUGGCCAACCUUCAGUUAACUCAGGAAAAACUAAACGCCCUACGCUCCGAAUACAGGCCACGCCGUCCAUGCGCCCUGUUGAAAUACCCUCGUCCCAAGACCAAACCGGAAUACCAGGCGAUAUAUCCUUGGCUCCUUCCCGAUGAAACGGAUCCGCACUUUGUGUUUUGCGCCGUUUGCGAGUGCAGACUCAGCUGCAAGAGAUCGGAUCUUGGAAAACAUGAAGGCAGCAUAAAGCACUCAGAAAAUGCACAAAGGAAAUCCCUUCCAGCCAAGUUAAAAACGGAAGCAGAGGGUUCCAGUUCCGGUGUUAUGAAGUGGGAGUAUAAUGAGGACGAAGAGGGUCUGCUGCCCUACGGAACGGAUCCUCCCGAUGACGAAACUGAGGAGGAGGAAGGGGAAGCGGACGAAACCGAGGGAGAUUGCGAGGAAGCCGAAGACGAUGAGGAUCAAUCUCAAAAACUGGAAGCCCAUAACGAUCUCGAGACGGAGCCCGUCUCCAAGCAGCAGCGUCGCAUCUCGGAGACGGACUCCCAGCAUUCCGGCAUGCUGGACUAUUUACCCCUGCACGUGACCAUCAAUGAGUUGCCAUCGAAUGUUCCGCCCGUCUGCUCCUCCUAUCCCACACCCUCCUCAUCCGUUGCAACAACAGCAGCUCCGCCCUGCAGGAUCACUAUAAAGAAGGUUCCUGCGCCAUCUACUCCACCCACCGCGGUUUGCCAAGCGCAGGAGAUCAGCUCAAAGGCCACCAUCACGCCCAUCCACACUACGCCCUCUUAUGCCGCCCGCCAGCUGCAAUCCUUUCAGCUGCAGCCUGUGUCGCCGGUAACGCCACCCCGGGAUUCCCUGGAGCUCUUCUUCGACAGCAUCUGCGCCACCGUCAGGAGCUUGCCACCCAAACUGGCCACCGAAGGCAAGAUACGAGUGAUGCAGCUCAUCGGGGAGCUGGAACUACGCGCCCUCGGCGAACAGGAGGCGACAUCUCAAUCCGCCGGACAUCAGGGUCAUGAUCUCACUGUUAGCUUCACAGGCGGAGCAGCCGAUCCGCCCGGCAGUGGUCAGCAAAACUCCACGGUGGCCUCCACCACCAAGUAAACUAAAACGGAACCGGGUAGCGAUUCCUCUUCAGCCUCAACUUGAGAAGUAAAAUUACCUUGUGCUUUCGUUUUUGAGUUUGUUAAUUGACUUUCUUUAAUACAUUUAUUUAUUAGUUGUUGUA